GUUUCUAAGCAUAGUAGAGCUGCUAGACGAGGUCUUUUGGCAGAAGAAGGCGAGGCCAAGGACUUGAGCAAAGUACCCAAGACCGAAUCAGACGAAGUCAAGAAGUCCAUCAUCAGAACGACAAUCAAGAACGAAAAUCUUUUGGCAAAGAAAAUGGAAAAUCUGAAGAUCAGAAAGUCGAAUCAGAACAAAAGGAAAACCAGUUCAUUGAAACACAAGUUGGACAGAUCAGACAAGUUGAGCGGAGUGUUGUCUACAAAAAUCGAGCAGAGUAUCGCUCGUGCCAAGUACGUUCAAAGUGCCAGAAAAUCUGGCUGGGAUCAAAUCAACAAGAGUAUCACCAUUAAAAACGACAUAGUGUUGGAGACCAAGGUAACUACUGGC